CGCCGCCGCCGCCUGACACCCAGGCCGCGCGGGCCGUGAGCACCAUGGCCGUGGCUGGGGCCCCCGCAGGCGGCCCAUGCGCGCCGGCGCUGGAGGCCCUGCUCGGGGCCGGCGCGCUGCGGCUGCUCGACUCCUCGCAGAUCGUCAUCAUUUCCACGGCGCAGGACGCCAGCGCCCCGCCGGCUCCAGCUGGCCCCACGGCGCCCGCCGCCGGCCCCCGCGACCCCGACCUGCUGCUCUUCGCCACGCCGCAGGCGCCCCGGCCCACACCCAGCGCGCCGCGUCCGGCUCUUGGCCGCCCGCCGGUGAAGCGGAGGCUGGACCUGGAAACUGACCAUCAGUACCUGGCUGAGAGCAGUGGGCCUGUUCGGGGUAGAGGCCGACACCCAGGAAAAGGUGCAAAAUCCCCGGGGGAGAAGUCACGCUAUGAGACGUCCCUGAAUCUUACCACCAAACGUUUCCUGGAGCUGUUGAGCCGCUCAGCUGAUGGCGUUGUUGAUCUGAACUGGGCAGCUGAGGUGCUGAAGGUGCAGAAACGGCGCAUCUACGACAUCACCAAUGUCCUGGAGGGCAUCCAGCUCAUUGCCAAGAAGUCCAAGAACCACAUCCAGUGGCUAGGCAGCCACGCCACAGUGGGGAUCGGUGGGCGGCUUGAAGGGCUGACCCAGGACCUCCAGCAACUGCAGGAGAGUGAGCAGCAGCUGGACCAUCUGAUGCACAUCUGCACCACACAGCUGCGGCUGCUCUCUGAGGACUCUGACAGCCAGCGCCUGGCCUAUGUGACAUGCCAGGACCUUCGUAGCAUUGCAGACCCUGCAGAGCAGAUGGUCAUGGUGAUCAAGGCUCCUCCUGAGACCCAACUCCAAGCCGUGGACUCUUCAGAGACCUUUCAGAUCUCCCUCAAGAGCAAACAAGGCCCCAUUGAUGUUUUCCUGUGCCCUGAAGAGAGUGUGGGUGGGAUCAGCCCAGCAAAGACUCCAUCCCAGGAGGCAGCUUCUGGAGAGGAGGACAGGACAACUGACCCCGUCACCACAGUGCCACCACCAUCACCUCCGCCUUCGUCCCCUGCUAUGGAUACCAGCCAGUCCCUGCUCAGCCUGGAGCAAGAGCCACUGUUGUCAAGGAUGGGUGGCCUGCGGGCCCCCAUGGAUGAGGACCGCCUGUCCCCGCUGGUGGCUGCUGACUCACUCCUGGAGCAUGUGCGGGAAGACUUCUCCGGGCUCCUACCUGAGGAGUUCAUCAGCCUCUCCCCACCCCACGAGGCCCUCGACUACCACUUUGGCCUUGAGGAGGGUGAGGGCAUCAGAGACCUCUUCGACUGUGACUUUGGGGAUCUGACCCCCCUGGAUUUCUGACAGGUCCUAGGGGGCCAGGGUCUCCUGAGAUGCCCCUCCCUGUCUCUGCAGCCCUGGAGCCCCCUGCCCUAGGCCAUCCUUCCAGCCCUUUUGGAAAAGUGUAAUUUAUACCCUCUCUCCUAUCUCAGCAGCUUCUAGCUCUGGGGUCUGGCUGCCACCAGGAGGUUGAGCAAGCCAGGAAGGGAAGGAUUCUGUUUGUGGUGUGUAUGUGCAUGCACCCAGCACCCCACGUGUGUGUAACUGGGGUGAGUGGUGUGUGAGUAUGAGUGUGUGCAUGUACCGGGGAAUGAAGGUGAACACAUCUGUGCGUGCACUGCAGACACGCCCCAGUGUGUCCACGUGUGUGCAUGAGUCCAUGUGUGUGCAUGGGGGGCUCUAACUGCACUUUCGGUCUCCUUGCUCCAGGGGCCCUUGAAGGCCCAGGGUUGGCCGCCUGCCCCCAGAAUCCUGUGUGCUGACCUGGCCAGGCAGGGAGGCCUUGGCUGGCUGGGUUUGCAAGAGCACUUCUGUCUUAAGGUUUUCUGAUCGAAGCUUUAAUGGAGCGUUAUUUAUUUAUCUAGGCCUCUUUGGCAAGCCUGGGAAACAAGACUGGGAGGGAUGUGGGGUUGAUACCCUAACUCCCUAUACCCCUGAGCAAAGACAGGGGUCCCCAAGUGGUUCUUUUGCCCCAUCCCGAGGGAGCUGAGGCCUGAGCGAUUUAUUUAUUGGGGAAAGGCAGAAGGGAGACAGACUGACAGCUAUGGGUGGAUGGAGGGGUGGUCCCUUUCCAGGGGUCACUUCAGAGCCCCAGAUGCCCUCCCCAUGGAUAUGAGAUGGGAGAGGUGAGUGGGGACCUUCAUUGACAGGGUGGGCAGGAGGGGUGGGUGAAGGGCUCCCCAGCCUAGACUGAGGGGACCCUCCUGUGGUGUUUGAAGUGCCCCCCUCCCACUUAUUGCUCUGCCCCACCCUCCAAUCUGCACUUUGAUUUGUUUCCUAACAGCUGUUUCCUCCUGCUUUGGUUUUAAUAAACAUUUUGAUGAUGUUUGGG